AAGUAAUGCUUGAAACUAUAUAGUUUCGUCUCUGUCGCACUGAUUUCCGCCCUUUUUCUUUUUCGCUAGCUAAGCAGAAUGCAGCAGAAACGCAGAGAACCUAUACAUGCUGUGCAAGUAUUCGGUCGUAAAAAAACCGCUACUGCCGUAGCCUACUGCAAACGUGGUCGUGGUUUGCUAAGGGUUAAUGGCCGUCCUUUAGAUCAAAUUGAACCAAAGGUGUUGCAAUAUAAAUUGCAAGAACCCUUAUUGUUGCUUGGUAAGGAAAAAUUCGCUGGUGUGGAUAUACGCGUACGUGUUAAUGGUGGCGGUCAUGUGGCACAAAUUUAUGCUAUACGCCAAGCUAUCUCCAAGGCUCUAAUAGCUUUCUAUCAAAAAUACGUUGAUGAAGCUUCUAAAAAAGAAAUUAAGGACAUCUUGAUACAAUACGAUAGAACUCUUCUGGUGGGUGAUCCACGUCGUUGUGAGCCCAAAAAAUUCGGUGGUCCCGGAGCUCGUGCCCGCUACCAAAAGUCUUAUCGUUAAAGAAAAUAUUAAAAUUUAUCUGCUUUGUUUCAUAAAGGGAAACAUUUUUUUUAAUCUUAAGAAAUUUAAAUAAAAACACAAGAUGGAUUUUUUUUAUCUAAUUAAGGAUAUAUUGUUGUCUUUAAUGUUUGUAUUUAAUAUUUGACAGCGUGGGCAGCUUUCACUCAGUUGAUCCUUUAAUUGAUGUCAGCGAGUCUGCAUUCGAUAGCGAUUCUGUUGAAUUCAAAGAGCGAGCAGAAAAUGAAGUAGCAAAAGUAGCUGCGGAAUUCCUUUUGUUUUUCCAUUAGAUGCUGCGAUUGCUUCCUCCAAUACUAAUGGUAAGAAACAUAGGUGACCUAUGCGGGGAUGGGGAAAGGGGAUUUAAUGAGGCGAUGCGACACUUUAUUAUCGUUGAUAAUAAUAAAUAUCAAAAUGUAUAUUUGAUCCAUCCGCAUUUUCUUCAAAAGGGAUUGACUUUACGUUCUUCCAGCGCGUAGUGUAUUCAUACGUUUUCUUUUCGCCUCGGGUGACAUAGCAUUCUGAUCGUUUUCGUCUUCAUCCUCCUCUUGAUCGACGUUAUCAUCUUCGUAUAUUUCGUCCUUUCAAAUAAAUUAAAUAAUUCGAAGAGGAAAAGCAUUACAGUUAAAUGUCAAAAAUUCUACCUUGGAAACGACCACCGGUCUUAAAAACCAGCACCUUUUGCUUGUCUUCCUC